GCCCAGAUGGCCCUGAGAGGGAGGGGCGGCCCGAGCGGCGGCGGCCGGAGCUCCGCCCCAGGCCUCGUAUAAGGGCCGGCCUGAGCCGGGCCCGCGGCGGCGGCGGCGGCGGUGGCGGCAGCACAAACAGGGCACCCGACGCAGCUCGGCCGGCCUGUUGAGCCUUCCCACCCGCUUCCAUAAGGCUUUGCCUUUCCAACUUCAGCUACAGUGUUGGCUAAGUUUGGAAGGAAGACCAAAAGAAGACCCCCGGGCCGUUUUCCUUUUGUUUUUUUGUGUUUUUUUUGGUAUAGUCGUCGUCGGAGGCUUUUUGCACAGAGCUGUUGUGUUUUCAACGGUGCUCUCUUCAGUUCCUUGCACUCCUCUUAACAAGCACCUCAGCAGGAGCGGCAGCCGUAGCAGCAGAAGAGCAAGCGGGGGGCGCCUGGUGUCAUGACCAGGGCAAGAGAGCAAAACCGCCUGGGAAGAUGCUGUGGAUCCUUAGCAAACUACCUGAUCUCUGCAAAAUUCCUUCUCUACCUUGGUCAUUCUCUAUCUACAUGGGGGGAUCGGAUGUGGCACUUUGCAGUGUCUGUGUUUCUGGUAGAGCUCUAUGGAAACAGCCUUCUCUUGACUGCAGUCUACGGGCUGGUGGUGGCAGGGUCUGUUCUGGUCCUAGGAGCCAUCAUUGGUGAUUGGGUGGAUAAGAAUGCCAGACUUAAAGUGGCCCAGACUUCACUGGUGAUCCAGAAUGUUUCGGUCAUCCUGUGUGGAAUCAUCCUGAUGAUGGUUUUCUUACAUAAAAAAGACCUUCUGACCAUGUACCAUGGAUGGGUUCUUACUUCAUGCUAUAUCCUGAUCAUCACUAUUGCAAAUAUUGCAAACCUGGCCAGUACUGCUACUGCAAUCACAAUCCAAAGGGAUUGGAUUGUUGUUGUUGCAGGAAACGACAGAAGCAAACUAGCAGAUAUGAAUGCUACAAUACGAAGGAUUGACCAGUUAACCAACAUCUUGGCCCCCAUGGCUGUAGGCCAGAUUAUGACAUUUGGCUCCCCAGUCAUUGGCUGUGGUUUCAUUUCGGGAUGGAAUUUGGUAUCCAUGUGUGUGGAGUACUUUCUGCUCUGGAAAGUUUAUCAGAAAACCCCUGCUCUAGCUGUGAAAGCUGCUCCUAAAGAGGAAACUGAGUUGAAACAGCUGAAUGUAUACAAAGAAACUGAGCCAAAAUCCCUGGAGGGAACUCAUCUAAUGGGUGAGAAAGACCCUGACAUCCAUGAACUUGAACAUGAGCAAGAGCUAAGUUGUGCCUCCCAGAUGGCUGAGCCCUUCCGCACCUUCCGAGAUGGAUGGGUCUCCUAUUACAACCAGCCGGUGUUCCUGGCAGGCAUGGGUCUUGCUUUCCUCUAUAUGACUGUCCUGGGCUUUGAUUGCAUCACUACAGGGUACGCCUACACUCAGGGGCUGAGCGGGUCCAUCCUCAGUAUUUUGAUGGGAGCGUCAGCCGUAACUGGAAUAAUGGGAACUGUGGCUUUUACAUGGCUACGUCACAGAUAUGGCCUGGUUCGGACUGGUCUGAUCUCAGGAUUUGCACAGCUUUCCUGUUUGAUCUUGUGUGUGAUCUCCGUGUUCAUGCCUGGAAGCCCCUUGGACUUGUCUGUUUCUCCUUUUGAAGAUAUCCGUUCUAGGUUCAUUCAAACAGAACCACUUUCAAUUACACCUACAAAAAUAUCUGAAAUCAUCUCUACAACUGAUAUGCACAUGUCAAACGGAUCUGAUCCUGCUAACAUUGUCCCAGAGAUGAGUCCUAAAUCUGUGCCUAUAAUCUCUGUCAGUCUGCUGUUCGCAGGCGUCAUUGCUGCUAGAAUCGGUCUUUGGUCCUUUGAUUUAACUGUGACACAGUUGCUGCAAGAAAAUGUAGUCGAAUCUGAGAGAGGCAUUAUAAAUGGUGUACAGAACUCCAUGAACUAUCUUCUUGAUCUUCUGCAUUUCAUCAUGGUCAUCCUGGCUCCAAAUCCUGAAGCUUUUGGCUUGCUCGUAUUGAUUUCAGUCUCUUUUGUGGCAAUGGGCCACAUCAUGUAUUUCCGAUUUGCCCAGAAAAGUCUGGGCUCCCAACUUUUUGUCUGUGGUCAUAGUGAUAAAGAAGUUACAGAUGCAAAUCAAACUAAUACAUCAGAUGUGUAAGACAGUUUAACUGUUGCUAUCCCUGUUACUAGGUUAUGUAGAGCACAUGUGCCUAUUUUGUACUUCAGAAUUCCAAUAAAUGGCUCGGUGUCUCUCUCUGGUUUUACCACAGCUAUACCUUGAGGGCUAAAAGCUAGUUAGGAAACUUGAGCCAGCAGAAAUGAGCUGGUUAAUUUCCCUUAUAUUUAAGGGUGGAAAAAAAAUAGAGAAAGGAAAACUCAGUUUAAAUAUGGAGACUAAAAUAGUAACACUGAUUUUCCCUAUUUCUCAUGAGUAGGUAAAAUUUUAUAUAAAAGAGUGAUUAGUCAUGUGAAUUAAGUUAUUCUUUGGCAGAUUUUUAUUAUCUGUACUAGAAUUCAGGUAUGUCAGUUUUCCCUAACACUCUUGUUCAAGUCUAGCUAAUUUACUUUUUAAAAAAAUCUUAUUCUCAGUUAUAUUAUAAAAACAAAUUCUCUUCCAAGUUUGAAGAUUAAAAUUUGAUAACCAGUAUUAUCCUUAUUGAUCCGAUUGAUGUUAAGGGAUUUACCUCUAUGUGGAAAAAUGAAAUACUUAACUAGAAUUCUCUAAUAGGGUUUAUGGUUUAACUUUAGAGACUACCUUUGUAUUUUUCUUAUCAGCUAGGGCAAAAUAUUGUAUUAAGCAUAUGUAACACUUCAUAAAAUGGCUAUUGUGUAAGCUGAAGAUAGAAGCAAAGCUGUAGAGUAGAUUUAUAACACAGUGAAUGCAUGAGGACUUCAAACAUGCCAGUGGUUCGGCCAUAGAAACUAGAAGUUAAAAGUCACACGAAGGGCAAGUUCUGGAUUUAACUCACGUUGCUAUCCUUAAUGAUCUCUGUCGUGGAAUAUGAGGGAAUUAGCCUUCAGCCUGGCAAGUUAAAUGUAGAAAGCAAGCCCAAACUUGGAAAGGUUUUGUUUUAUAAAUCAUUUGAUUUAUUUUAACAUGCUUGGUAGAGCAUUUUUACUUUUACUCUUUUGUACCCAGGAGUUAUUUUUACCUAGUUGUAGAGCAAGACUGUUCAUAAAUGUAUCCCUUUCAAACAUCUUUGAGAAAAAUGGAGGAAAAAAAAACCCUUUUGUAUAUAUAUUUUACAAGUAAAAACUGUUUUACAAGUCAUUUUGCAACAUGCCAGUACCAGUGGGGUACUUUGCCUUAACUGUUCAUGCACUUUCAUGGAGACGGCAAUAUGUUGCUCUGAGCACUUUCCUUAUCCUUGAAGUUUAAUCUUUUUCUCCUUUCUAUAGUAUGACAUAAUGAUUUGCUAUGUUGUAAAAUCUUUGUAAAAUAUUUCUGUAUAAAAACAUUUUAAAAAAUCUUGA